GCUGCUGUAGAGUUAAAAAGUAUAUACCACCAAAUGCCUUUGCAUUGUAAACAAAACGAACAGCUGACGAUAAUUCAACAUUUUUUAAUUUUUGGAGAGGCUCAGCAAGAAAAAUUUCGAGAUAAUCCCUUGUUCUGAGAGAAAUCCACUGAACCGAGGAGAAAUGCAGUCUGACAUAAUUUCGAAGCUCAUCCCCCAGAGCAAAGAGCAAGUACGACCAGCUUGCAAAAAGUGUGGUUAUGCCGGACACUUGACUUACCAGUGUCGAAACUUCAUAAAAGUAGAUCCCAAUAAAGAGAUUGUCUUGGAUGUGAGUAGUACGAGCUCAGACAGUGAUCAGAACUACGUGACACCACUUACCGAAUUGCGUGAGAAAGAGCUGAAGAAAAAAUUGAAAGAGGCGAAAAAGAAGAAAAAGGAGAAACGCGGUAAGAAAAAAUCAAAGCACAAGAGCAGAAAGCGAGAGAGUACAAGUAGUGAAUCCGAGGACUCCACUGACGACGAGUCCUCAGAGGAUGAAGAGAAAAGUAGAAAAAAGAAGAAAAAGGACCGCAGGAGAAAAUCGAAAAGCAAGAGACGAAGGAAACACAGGAGACAAACGACUUCGGAGUCAUCCUCCGACGAUGACUGAUCCCGCGACUUCAUCUUUUAAAUAACGAGUUGGAUUGAAUGGAAUUGAUCAUUCCAAUCAGACUGACUAACCAUUGUACAAAUUCCACUGUAAAAUGUGAAUAAAUUUUUUAACUUUUCCAUCAA